GCACCAAGGAAGACUACUGGUGUAGACGCGCUGAUACGUAGCUAGCUGGAGCUGUAGGGGACUUCACCCAGUUGCGACAUCAACAAUUUCGAAAUCGUUUAGUAACCGAGUGUUUUUUGUUUUGAACAACAACCAGUUUUGUGGUAACGGUAGAGGCAAUACUGCAUCUACAGACGUAGAAACGGUCCUCCAAACUGACUAGAAACAUCAUGAUUGAAUGUUCUCUUCCUCGACUGCUGCAAGUGUUUCUUAGCUAUCGUGAUGGAAAAGGGAAUUCUCUCUGUUGAUGAAGCUACACAUUGUGAAUCUUCAUGCUUAAUACGUCUUUCAAAAUUUUGGGAGGAGUUUGAAUCUACAUCUGAUAUAAUAAUAAUCGGGUUUGAUAUUACUCUACCGCAAAGUGGAAAGAGCAGAAAUUCCCAAACACUGAGUGAAGGGAUUCCUACAGUGAGUGAAGAGAUUCGAACCUGGAGAGAAAAACAACGGAAAUUACCAGAACAAUUUGUUUUUUUCUUCUCUUUCUUGGUUCUCCUUUUACGGUUGAGAUCUGCUGUACUUGAGAAAGCCCUUAAGCUCUACAAUCCAGUGUUACAGCGAUGCUCAAGUGACAUUCACUGUCUCUCGCCAUUAGGAAGUUUUUCGUGGAUCAUUGAACAUUAAACAACUUGUAAAGCAAAGUGUAAAAAGUUUUAUUUGAAUUCGCUUUGUAGAUAUAAGAACAUAUUAAAAUAGACACCAAUUAACUGCAGGCACAUGUCAUGUAAAUAACGCACACGCAUAAGAAUUUUACACGGCUGCUCUUAUAUUAUUCAAACAUUCAUAAAUAUUUUUUGCGAUUCAUCAUUGUAAAAACAAAAGUAAAUAUGUUGUCAUAUCAUGACGAAGUGGACAAAGCGUCUUCGAUAUAUAAUGAUGCACGGAAGAAGCUUCAGUGUUUUAAGGAUAUAACAGCAGAGUCCCUGCAAGUGAAAAAAGAAGAAACAACGAGUCGCCUUCAGAAUCUGUUAAAAAUGAGUGAAAAUGAAAAUAAUGUCAUCAUCAACAAAGAUAAUGGUAUUAUGAAUAUAUCAAUAAGUGGAAGCAACAACUCAUUGGUAGUGGUCGACAGCAAAGGGGCUAAGAAGCCCCUUUCUAACACGUAUGUUACCCCUCCUGGAAUGGAACAGGAGGUACUGAGAAGGGCAACCUUCAAAACAUGGCCGCACAGCGCCCCUGUGUCUGCUGGAGCACUUGCACGCGCUGGAUUCUUCUAUAAGGGUUCGGAGGACAAGGUCGAGUGUUUUGCUUGCCGGGGGCAGAUCAGGGAGUGGGAGUAUAGCGACACUGCUAUGGGAGAGCACAAGAAGCACUUCCCUAAAUGCCCUUUCGUCCGUGAUAUAAACUACAAGAAUGUUCCUAUUGAUGCGUCAAAUCCACUGUCGGGUUCAACAGAACAGCGGUCACAGGAAAAAGCAGCUGGGCUCUUUAACGCCGGCCAGAGUGAAACCAAGAAGAAUCAAACAGGGAAGAAAGCAUCUGGGAAGCCAUCCAAGGCCGAUGGCUUUGAGGAGAAUAAGAAAACACACCAAGGAAAGCCGACACGACAACCGACAAUGGACUCGGCAGAACAUGAAACAAAGCUGACUUUCCGAAGUGAGUACAAGCGUCUUCUGUCUUUUCAAAACUGGCCAAGAGACAGCCCCGUGGUCCCGAGGGACCUGGCAAAGGCUGGCUUCUACUCUUUGGAGAAGGAAGACGUCGUCCAAUGUUUUGCCUGCUUCGGGAAGAUCAACCGAUGGGAACAAGGAGACGAUGCUCAAAAAGAGCACGAGAAGCAUUACCCGAGCUGCCCGUUUGUGUUGGGGUUUGAUGUGAAAAACGAACCCAUCUCGGAAUUGCAGAGAGUCCAAGCAGAAUCCAUGAACUAUCGAUUUCCAUCAGAAUUUGAGCCUGCAUUGCAGAGAUUUGCUAAGCACAUGGAACCAGCCCUUCCUCAGACGGCCAAGGUGAGGAGCAAGUGGGUUGAAGGAGCCUCUGCUAAGGAGCCUGUAGUUCCACAGCCCAAGUUCCCCCUGUACACUGGAGAGAACAAAAGGCUGUCGACAUUUGACGUGGGUUGGCCUGGAGUGAGAGGAAUCACACCCCAUAAUCUUGCCAGAGCUGGCUUCUUCUACACAGGCGAGGGCGACAGCACCAAGUGUUUUUACUGCGGUGGUGGCCUGAAGAACUGGGAGUCAACAGACGAACCAUGGACAGAACACGCCAAGUGGUUUCCAGCGUGUGCCUGGUUGGUGCAGCAGAGGGGGCAAACAUUCGUCACCUAUGUCAUACGCAACUUCCCUGUGGAUUUUGCUCUUGUUCAAAGGACGCUUGCAAAUAAGGAGAGACAGGAGGCUCGAUCGGCGCUCAAACCCAAGACACCAGCCCCUCCAACAGCGGCAGCGGCCCGUCACUUUUCUUCAUCUGCCUCUGCACACCAGGAACCGGAGGAGGAAGCAGGGGUACGUUUCAAACAACCGAGGGUCAACAAGCCGAGCAUCAAGAAACAGUCACCUCUUGAUACAGCAAUGAGUGGCCGAGUAACAACUCGUGUUCUUGAAAUGGGCUACGACCCUCACUUUGUUAAGAAAGUCGUGAGGCACCGACUGCAGACACGCGGGGUAGAAUUCGAUACGACAAAUGACUUGCUGGAAGCCGUUUGGCAGGCGGAAGAAAGCGGAAUGACGUUACCAUCUUCAGACGAUGAGGAACCAGCCGGAGGAACCGUCGAGAAAUUCAUGAGUGAGAUGCCAGAGAAGAAAAGGCAGAGCGGCCACAGGGAGGAAGAGCUUGAACGACUCUCGGAACAGAUGGAAGAAAUUCAGAUUAGAGCGGGUCCAACGGGGGCCUCACCUGAGAAUAGAGGCAGGACGAAUAGAGUCUUGGAACGUCAAAUGUCUCCUACACAAUUCGAAGAAGAAAUCGAGAGACUUCGGGAUGAGAAGUUGUGCAAAGUAUGUAUGGAUGAAGAUGCCAACACGAUUCUCAUGCCCUGCAAUCACUUUGUUUUGUGCAGCUCUUGCUCGGAAUUACUCAGAGAUUGCCCAAUAUGCCGGAAGCCAAUCAGAGAAGUUGUAAGGGUUUAUAAGUCGUAAGGUGUGACUGCCUUGGCAGUUACGUAAACCUUUAGGGCCAGUUCAUACUCGCUGCGAGCACACACCCGACAAUGCGGGUCUUGUUUUAGCUGGAUAAUAAUUAGUCGCUGUUUUCACGAAGAGCCACAUAUGUCCAUUUGCUUGAUUGAGAUUUACAUUUUGCAAUGUGCUUCGCUUAAAACUGCAAAAUCUGCAGUUUAAAAAUAAUAUACAGAAUCCUCAUAUGAAUCUGUAUCUGUUUAAGCUAUCCAUUGACUUGCUACACCUUGAAAUGUAUUCGCUAAUUAGGGAAUAUAUUUCAAGACCGCCAUAGUAAUUAUCAAGUAUCAAACAGAGGAAAGUGACUGGGUAACAACUUUUAAAUAGUUUGAGUUUGAACAGAGGAAGGGGACCGCCCAACAUAGGGCUGGAUAGCUCAGUUGGUAGAGCGCCGGUGCGUUAAUCCGGAGGUCGUUGGUUCAAGUCCUGCUCCAGUCAAUUUUUCUUUGUUCAAAUGCAUAGUAAUAAGUAGCAAUCUGUCAUAAUUGGCUUUUUGUGAAACCUUAAAAAAAAGAUUUUUCCCUACAUUUUUCUGUUGCAAUUUUUAACAAUGCAUUUCGUGUGCUUGUGGCUCCUCAUGAAAAGGCCCCGUCCUGUAUCAGAAUGAAAAACAAAAAAUCUGCUAAAGAUAUGAAGCUCACUUUGUGGAAACGGUAAAAAAAUUGUAUACAAACAUGCCAUAUAAUUGACAAGUACAUGUAUAAUAAACUUACACGUAUACACACACACGUAUUGGACUGUUGUAAUAAUAAUAUGAAUAAAACAGCAUUUGUAUAUUACAUUCUGGAUCACAGACCCCCUCGAGGCACUUUACAAUUUUAAAAAGCUAUAAUAUUUGCAAAGAUUCACUGCAGACAAAAUUAACGGGUCAGUUGUAUAAACAUAUUUAAAUGUAAAACACAAAAACUAUAGUAAAGAAAAAAUGGCUCCACUCAAAACCUGGCCAGAAAAGUAACAAGCUUAGAGUUUUAAUUUUUGUUUUUACCCAUACACCGAUGUUCGUUAGCACUGGAGCAGUGUCUUACAGUACUUAAGUGUCUUACUAGAAAUACCGAGAUUGCCCGGUAGCUAGAGGCAGUACUGAGUAUACCUGUGCUAACACAUCGAUGUAUGGGUUCAGCUU